CUUGCUUAAUUCUCGUGUUUAUCCAUUGGCUUGGAUGAACAUAGCUGCCACGUGCUAAGGUGCUGCCCUUAUAACCGGACCUCAUGAUUUCCGGGUUUCGCCCGGUUCCGGGCCGUUAUUCGGGAAUCAGUCGAGCACACUUUGGCAUUGCUCGAUUCCAUAGAACAUCAAAAUGCGCCUUUCAUGUGGAUGGUAGAAGUCGGAUCUCCAACUUCUGGAUUCCAACCGGAGGCAUUUCCAAAAAGCCCGUCCAGGGCGAAAAAGAGGAUGCCAAUGACCUCUUGGUUCGGGGUGGCUUUUUGCGACAGGCGUACUCGGGUAUCUUCCAUAUGUUGCCUCUGGGCCUGCGUGUGCAAGAUAAGCUAGAGCGUCUCAUUGAUAAGCACAUGCGAUCACUUGGUGCCUCUAAAGUGUCAUUGUCGUCUAUAUCCGCCCAGGAACUUUGGGAGCAGUCGGGGCGUCUAAAAGAGGGCUCUGAAGUCUUUCGCUUUCAUGAUCGGAAGGAAUCCCGCUUUCUCCUUGCUCCCACCCAUGAAGAGGAAAUCACCACCUUGGUGGGUCACCUCACUAAAUCCUACCGAGACUUGCCGGUGCGAGUGUACCAAAUAUCAAGGAAAUACAGAGAUGAGCAACGGCCCAGGCAAGGUCUUCUUCGAGGGCGCGAGUUCAUCAUGAAGGACCUCUACACCUUCGACUACAAUGUCGAGAAUGCCCUGAAGACCUACGUGUCAGUAAAGACUGCUUACACCGAGCUCUUCAAUGAACUCAAGAUUCCUUAUCUGGUUGCUGCGGCGGACUCGGGAAAUAUGGGCGGCAGUCUAAGUCACGAGUUCCAUUUUGCCAGCUCCAAGGGCGAGGACACGGUUAUCAGCUGCUCCAGCUGCGAUAGUGUCUACAACGAAGAGCUCGCAGACGGGAAGGCUCACAGCGUUGAUGACCAGCAACUUCCAGCUAGCCACGCAGCCGGUUUUGAUACUGGAGAAGUGUCCGGUGAAUCGGCAAAGGCGGUUUCCAUUGGUCUGUGGAUGGCCAUAUCACAAGACAAGAACGCACUGCUGCGGUGCUGGUACCCACAGUAUACCCUGAAGGAUCCUAGUCAACCGCCCGCCGAACGGGAAGUUAACUCCCAUGCAGUCAAGUCCAUAGCCAAGGCAGCCGGCAUAGAGCUCGAUAUCAGCAUUGAGAACCCUCUGAAACAGUGGGCCACUCAUCUCAAGUCAGACGAGGCUUCGGGUCAACGGCCCCGCGUGGUGGAUGUGUAUGACUCACAUGUGCGGGCAUACAAACGGCCGCCAUUGACAGACACCCUAGACGACGUCAGCUGCGCGGUGGAGGAUAUCGACUUCUCCAAACUGGACCGCUUUCCAGGGACCAACAACUACCUCAACCUGGUGAGAGUGCACGAGGGCGACCAGUGCUCCAAAUGCGGCCAAGGCUUAACAAAGACACACAAGGCCACCGAGCUUGGUCACACUUUCCAUCUUGGCACGCGGUACAGUGAAGUCCUACAAGCCUCUGUGGUGGUCGACCAAGCCCACCUCGACAAAGCGGACCGCUCGUCACUCUCUUCAAAGGAUCAAAUCGUCCCCAUGCAGAUGGGCUGUCACGGUAUCGGUGUCUCGCGCAUGAUUAGCGCAGUCGCGGACAGCCUUGCAGAUUCGAAAGGGCUCAACUGGCCCCGCGCUAUCGCUCCGUACGAAGUCAUUGUGGUCCCUGGCAAAGGAUUAGAAGAGGAAGCGGAGAGAAUAUACGACGUGCUGACCUCAGAGCCCACAGCUGCGCUGGACGUGAUUCUCGAUGACCGUGACAAGCAAAUGGGCUGGAAGCUAGGCGAUGCCGACCUAAUCGGAUACCCCGUGAUCGUUGUCGUCGGCAAGGGGUGGAAGAAGCAACGCACACUGGAAGUGCAGUGUCGUCGACUCGACGUCCGCGAGGAUGUGGCAUUUGAGGCUCUGCCGGAGUUUGUGCGUUCCUUGCUUGACAAGCUGUAAGCCUCG